AUGGUCUCAUCCCUCGAAAUCCUCCGCCCAACCCCCUCCCUCCGAACCCCAACCCAUCGCCCAACGCACUCCCCCUCCAAAACCGCCCACGAUCUCGAAACCCGCUCCAUAGCCAUCUCCCGCGCCCUCCUCCUCUCGGACCCCACGCACCCCGUCCUGAAAACCAACCUCACCCCAGACUUCACCUCGGAAGAACCCAACCGAUCACGAACCUGCGUCGGCAUCGACGUCAUCACCGUCUCGGCGAAUGUGGACGAGGAAAGGGGCCGGGCGAGCGUGUGGGUGUUGUUCCGGGAGAGCGAUCUGACCAGUGGGGGCUUGAGCGGGGAGAAUGUUAGUGUGUUGAGUUGGUGGAGGGAGAGGGGCGUUUGGAGGUGUUGGAGGCAGACUGCUGUGAGAGGGGUUAGUGGGUUUACGCAGGGGUUUUUGAAUUGA